UGGACCCAGCGAGCGGCUUAUAAGCCACAGUCCAAUAAUCGUGAUUCAUUUCCAUGCUGGGUUUGAUCUAAGGAAUAUUCUGCUAUUCCAAAGGAAUCUUCUCAAGCCUUUUGUAAUUUUCUGCGUACUGUGGUCGGACAGGGAACGGUAGGCAGGUAAGGUAUUUAUCCAACGGGAAACCGGAGCUCUUCAGAUUUUUGGUUUUGUCCGAUCGACAAGCGCUAAGAUUUUUGGUUUUGUCCGAUCGACAAGCGCUAAGAAAUGGACGGCAAAAGGAUGAAGAAGGGGUUUGACGUAGCUGGAAAUGGCUUCACGAUCCGACAUUCGACAGAGCACCAUCUGGACCUUGAUGGCCGCAUCUCGCUCCAUUUCCCUCGCCAAGUCCGCAUCAUCAACGCACAACACCCCGACCGUUUAAAUGAGCAGCGCCUGUUGGAAACGGGACUUUUGCAGUUGCUCGCCCAUUAUCAGUUGGCCAACAUGGAAUCGGGCGCGACGGAUGACGGUGCCGUAUUGUGCCGCGCCAUGUACACUUUUCAGAAGGCUUUACAAGACUUGCAUUCCGCGAUGUGGAACCAUUACGGUCAGGGAAAACUGCAGCGAGUGCGUGUGUCACGGACUGGCCACGAAAUUUCCCCAUUGCCAGCAUGGCUGGAGAACGGCGUUGGACUGCAAGUGUUUCUGCAGGAAAAGGUGGCGACAAACCGACGACACUCUUCCGAGGACGAGUCUAAGCGUGGUUUCGAGAUUCCAUGGCAGGCCAGGAUCCAGUUGGAGCGCCUUCCGGACGAAUGCAUUCUAACAGAGGUGCAACUGGCGUUCAUUAAUCCGGACCAUCGCGGAAGCCCGAUCGUUCACAUUGAAAUGGCGGCGACCCAUGCUACCAACAUGGACUUCAUCAACAACACACUGAAGAACAUCAACGGUCAGACGUAUUCGGAGUGCUGCCAGGAACUCGGGAUCUUCCGCGAAGCCUAUUGUUUCGUCACCAUGCGUGUGCCGUUGCGACGUUUUCUGGGGCAGCUGUUCAGUAAAUUUCGGCAGACCAUCCCGGAGUGUCCAGCCCUGGCAAAAGGGGGUGUCAUGGAAGGAACGGAUACCGUGGUGCUGAACACGCGACAGGGAAAGAUCGAGAUGGAUCGGCAGAUUCUGGCCAGUGUGUCGCCAAAAGCACGUGCCAUCUUCGCCGAGGGAGAAAUGGGAAAAGUCGGCUCCUACGGAUUGGACUGCAGUUUAGCGGUUGUUGCGACUGUGCUGGACGCGGCGGUAAAUAAGAACGAAUCUCUGCCAGUCGAUCCCCGCCGAGCGGCUCCGUUCUUCCUGUAUGAGGUCAUGAAGUUGGCGUUGAUUUGGGAAAUUCCGCAGCUGAAACUGUGGACGCAGGUGGCGUUUGUAGAGCGUCUGUGCCAUCCGGUCGUCAAUCUGGAGCAGAUCCCCGUCCUGGAUGCUGUCCGGGCUAUUUACCGCCACGCUGAACCAAAGGAGGUGGGCAGUCGGAUGAUUCUGUGCGGACUGUUCAGUCUGUUGCGCAUCCUGCAUUCUUCCGGGGCGUCCUGGACCAUGGAUGAGCUGCAACAGGUAAUUGCACCGAAGCCGGCAUUGUGGAAGAACUUUCUCCAGCCGACGCGGUUGCUGCCCGAUACCACCAUUUUCGUUAAGACCUUGACCGGAAAAACUCUCACUGUGCCAGUUAAUCUGGCUUACUGGGUGUACCCGGUUAAAUGUUGGAUUCAGAAUAAGGAAGGGAUUCCCAUGGAUCAGCAGCGAUUGAUUUUUGAAGGCACACAGCUGAUCGACAACGUUACACUGUUGGACUGCGGUAUGACCGCGCAGGCUACAGUGCAUCUUGUCUUGAGACUGAGCGAGCGGAUGCUGAAAAUGGAGGGCAGAACUGGGAUUGAAAGCAUGUAGUUCGAACGGCAGAUAUCAGUUAUGGUACUGGUUCUUAUUAGUUCUUAUGGAACGGUACUGGUUCUUAUUAGUUUUUAUAGUGCAAGGUCGCGUUAAUUUCCUCGUUUCUCUAUAUUAUGCAAUUACUUGCGUUGUAAUUUUGCUUUCGCUCUAAAGCGGAGGCUAAUGAAUACAAAUAAUGGUUGUAUAAAUGA